AUGAGAUCACCCCUCACCGAAUUCAAACUGGGCUCUGCAGUCUUGUGCUCCGAAUUCUUGGACACCAACUUAAUUGCAGCAACUGCCUUCCACGGGCCUGUCAAUGUUUACGAUGCGCGUGCACCUCCUACAGAAGUUGCUCUGUCCAACCACUACCACAAAAGUGCUGUCCUCACUCUCAAGUCCUUUCAUUCCCUUCGAAACGAACCAACUCAGGACCAGUUUCUCACAAUCCCUUCCGAGCGCUCAGAUGAUGAUGACGAAGACGACGACUUUAGUCUGUCUGAUUCCAUUAGCCCCAUUGGUUUUCAAUCGGCUGUCCACAUCUGUCCAGCCGCCGAUCAGGGAGAUGGAUUAGAGGCCGAAGCCAACUCUGAGUUGCUGGAUCUGUCGCCAUCAGGCGAUGGGGUCUCUUCUAUGCAGGGUCCACAAGAAGAGGAAGAGCAGCAACAACAGACCAUCGUCUCAAAGGAUGUCACCUUUUUCACUGGAAGUCAGGAUCACCUUCUUGGGGCCUGGGAUAUACGCAACCUCCAGAUUCCACUAUACAAACGAAAAUUUCGUGGCUUUCCACGAGCAAUUUCCCUACUGGACUCUGAGGAGAUGUGGGUGGCUGAGGCACCCAACCGCCUGCACGUCUGCAGCAUUGGACAAAGAGAGCCUGAGGUGUUGCGGGGCGCGGGUAGAAUAAAGAAAAUCCCCUUCCUGGGCGAUGUGAAC